AUGUCUGCCGUCUCAUUCCGCUCUCUCAUCGGCGUCCAGCCCUCCACGGCGUCCACCAGUGACAGUGUCCUCGUCAUUAUUGACGCCCAGAACGAGUACGCCCAAGGCAAGCUUCGCGUGUCCAACAUUGACACUGCCCGCGUUGCCAUUGCUUCUCUGCUGGAGAAGUACCGUGCUGCCAAGGCUCCUGUUAUUCACGUCGUCCAUGCUACUCCUGAGGGCGCUCCCGUUUUCACCCCCGGAACCGAGCUUGCCAAGGAGCUUUCUGAGUUGACGCCUGUUGACGGAGAGUCUGUCGUCACAAAGAACUACCCUGGAUCCUUCACCGACACGGAUCUGCAGGAUCUUCUGAAGGCGACUGGACGCAGCAAGAUUGUGCUCACCGGAUUCAUGGCUCACGUUUGUGUGUCGACAACUGCUCGUCAGGGUGCUGAGCGGGGUUGGGAUGUUCUCAUCGCCGAGGAUGGCGUCGGUGACAGGGAUAUUCCGGGAGUCAAGGCAGAGGAUCUUACAAAGACUGCCCUUCUUGAGAUUGCCGACGCCUUCGGAUCCAUUAUCCAGGGCAAGGAGAUUGUGUAA